AUGGAUCCAACUUUCAAAACUAUUUUUCAUAGGGCAAUGGCUGAUUUCUCAACCAUGAUGAUGAAGUAUGUACUUGAGAAAUACAAAGGAUUUGAGGGAAUAUCAACACUUGUUGAUGUGGGUGGUGGCAUUGGCCAAAGCCUCAAAAUGGUCAUUUCCAAGUAUCCUUCAAUUCAGGGCAUUAACUUUGACUUGCCACAAGUGAUACAACAUGCAUUAUCCUGUCCAGGAAUGAAGCAUGUUGGAGGAGAUAUGUUCAACAGCGUUCCACAAGGGGAUGCUAUAAUGAUGAAGUCCAUAACUCAUAACUGGGGAGAUGAAACCUGCGUACAAAUUUUAAGAAACUGCCAUAGAUCUCUCAGAAAUGAAGGCAAGCUUAUUAUUAUUGACCUUAUAAUGCCAGAAAUACCAAAUGGAAGCGACGGGCAUAAGCAUGUAUCGAUUGCUGACAACCUCAUGCUUGUGCAACCUGGUGGGAAGGAAAGAACAGAGGAAGAAUUUGAAGCUCUUUGCAAAGAUAGUGGCUUUUCUAGCUACCGUAUUGCAGCUCGUGUUGCCUCCACUGCUUUGGGAGUCAUUGAGUUUUAUAAAUAAACUAGAUUGUCGUCAUGUUACUUUGUAUGGAUCCGAGUAUAAAGAGAGUCACACUAUAUAUAUACACAUAUAUAAAUGGUUUAU